UUGGGAAUCAGGAUGUUUUUAAUGUACGUGUCACGUCCGAUUCUUCAUAAACGCGCUUCUUUUUAUUUUGCUGUCCUCUUGUGAGCGCACACGCGUGUAAACAAUCAUGACGGACCCCAGCAAACAAGACAUUUGUGCCAUAUUCAAGCGACUUCGCUCUAUUCCCACAAAUAAGGUUUGUUUUGAUUGCUCAGCUAAAAAUCCCAGUUGGGCCAGCAUCACCUAUGGCGUGUUUCUAUGUAUAGACUGUUCUGGGACACACAGGUCUCUCGGGGUGCACUUGUCCUUCAUCCGGUCUACAGAGCUGGAUUUUAACUGGUCUUGGUACCAGCUGAGGUGCAUGCAAGUGGGAGGCAACGCAAGCGCGGUGUCGUUCUUUAACCGGCAUGGUGGUGUGGACGGAGCCGCCAACGUCAGAUACAACAGCCGUACCGCUCAGCUGUACAGAGACAAAAUUAAGACACAAGCCACGCAAGCCACCAAAAGCCACGGCACAGAGCUGUGGUUGGACAGUCAGGGUUCAUGCACUUCACCCGAGGAGAAGCAUGUGGAUUUCUUCAGUUUCCACUCACAGGAUAUUCCAGAAAAUAUGGCCAAAAUGAGCCUCAGCUCUAUGGCAUCAGAGACGCAGCAGAAAGAAGAAGAAAACGGCAACUCUGAGGACGGUCCAAGCGUGGACAUGCUAAGUGCUUCCCCCAAGGCCAAUCCAGAACCUCUGUCUCUUCUCAAGAAGAAGCCGGGCCCCGCCAAAAAAACUAUGGCCGCCAAGAAAGGUGGUUUGGGCGCUCAGAAAGUGAGCAGUCAGAGCUUCAACGAGCUGGAAAAGAAAGCGCAAGCUGCAGACAAGCUCCGGCAGAAGGAACAGAAUGUAAGCGGCGACAAGAAGAACAACGUUCAACCUGCCGAGUCAAUUGCGCCAUCGAUGCGUCUGGCCUACAAAGACCUGGAUGAACAGAGGAAAAAGGACGAGCAGAAGCUGAAGAAUCUGGAUGGGAAAAAGCGUGAGCAAGCGGAGCGACUCGGAAUGGGGCUCGGCGUGAGAAGUGGAGUGUCUCAUUCAGUCACAUCAGACAUGCACAUUAUCGAGCAAGAGCGGCCCAUGGCGUCCAGAACGAGCAUGCCUUCACAUUUCCUUGAGGAUGACGACGACGAAGACGACGGAAGCUUCACCAAAGGAUGGAAGAAGAAACCCGAACCGGACUUCUUCUUGACGUCCGCCAUCACAUCCCUAGACGAAAGGCCCGCCACCCGCAGAAAAACGGAACCUGGACCGCCCUUAGACACGGGAGAAGCUCGCAGGAAGUUCGGCGAGGACGUCAAAGCCAUUUCUUCCGACAUGUACUUUGGAAAACAAGAAGGCGCAGAGUAUGACGCAAAAACGCGCCUGGACAGAUUCGCCGGGAGUUCGGCCAUUUCUUCUGCUGACCUGUUCGACGAUCAAAAGAAGCAGCCUUCUAGCUCGUACCGCCUGACCAACGUGCUGCCCAGGGCUCCCGACAUGACACAGCUGAAAAUGGGGGUGCGCAACGUCGCCGGGAAGCUGUCUGUCAUGGCUAGUGGCGUCGUCAAUACCAUCCAGGACCACUACAGCUCAUGAAGAAUGAAUCACCACAAUGAUUGAAGAGAAGUAUAUUCACAAGUCUGGGAAAUUUGAGUUAACUUAUAGUCUAUAUAAUGAAGGUUUAAAAAACAAAAAGUGUCCUUUCUAAGCCCACAGUGCUCUUGAAAAAGCAUUUUGCAAAAUUUGCUGUUUAUUUUGUUCACUUUACUAGCCUCUUUUGUCACUUUAAAGGCCUUAUUGCAAUUCUUUAAUUUGGGCAUGCAAACAAUGCCACUAUUGUUGAGGUUUAGGUGUGAUUCAUCCUAUUUUACUGACUCACGAGAGGUCAAUGUACUGUACAAUCUAGUUAGCAGUGUUAAUGCUCGGAGUCAUAUCUACCAAAUUUUGUUUAAGUCAUUCCAAAGAUAUUGAUUAUUUUGCAUACGGUGGAGUUACACUUAAGUUGCUUUUUUUUGCAUUUGGCCAAAAUUGGCAGCUUUUGCUUGAAUGUACUUUGAAGCUGUGUUUAAAAUGAAGUUGAUGAGUUGUGUAUAACAAUAUUAGAAUGGGAAUAGCUGAUAUGUGACCUGCUGUUUACUAAAUAUGUAUGGAAAAAAGAACAUUAGAUUUUGUACAAGCUAGUGGUAUCGCAUUUAUGACGUUACAAAGCUUUGGGGGAAACAUUUAAAAUAAAA